UGGCCGCGGCCCGGGGAGCGGGGCCCGGCCGAGAACGGCUCCGAGUGCCGGAGCGGCUACGUGCGGCACAACAGCUCCUGCCGCUCCCUCUGCGACCUCGUGCCCAGCUACUGCCACAACGGCGGCCAGUGCUACCUGGUGGAGAGCCACGGGGCCUUCUGCCGGUGCAACACGCAGGACUACACGUGGCACAAGGGUACGCGCUGCGAGUCCAUCGUCACCGAUUUCCAGGUGAUGUGCGUGGCCGUGGGCUCGGCCGCGCUCGUGGUGCUGCUGCUCUUCAUGCUCACCGUGUUCUUCGCCAAGAAGCUCUACCUGCUCAAGACGGAGAACAGCAAACUGCGCAAGACCAAAUACCGCACCCCGUCCGAGCUGCACAACGACAACUUCUCCCUCUCCACCAUCGCCGAGGGCUCCCACCCAAACGACGAUCCCAGCGCUCCCCACAAGCUGCAGGACUCGCUGAAAUCCUGCCUGAAGGACGAGGAGCCGUUCAGCAUCCACAACUCCACGUCGCCCAAGCACGACGGGGGCAAAGGGGAGCAGCAGGAGCCGGGGGAGCUCAACUGCCUCCAGAACAACCUGACGUGAGCGGCGGGGCCGGGGGCGCCGGGGCCGGGAGCCCCCCGCCCCACAGCCGCCUCCUCCCCCGCCGUGUCCCUUCCCGCUCCGUGGCAUGCUUUGGUGUGUUUUGUACAGAGGAAAACAAAAAUUCCAGUCAUAAUUCGGCCGUGUCGUGGGGGUGUUUGGUUCGUGCUCCGUGUUUCUCGCUUGGGUUCGUUCCGCGCUGUGAUUUCUAAACCUUUGCCGUUCCGCAACUGACUUUUUUUGUACUUUU